GGGGCGCUGCGCGCGUCCUCGGGCACGGCCGCCGAGCGCAGCUCUUUUUUAAAGGGCCAGCGGGGCAUGUGGUUUGUCACGGCCGCCAGGCAGGAGCUCCCACCCUCGGCGGCUCCCGCUCCGCUUCUGCCGUCGCCGCCGCGCCGUCCCUGGCCCGACAGGCCGGGUCCAGGCACUGCAGCCCCGCGAGGGACGCGGGCAGCCAUGGCCGAAGCGGCGCCCGCCCUGGCCCCUGCGAAAGGCAAACACACAGAGGACCAGAGGCCUUCGGCACCUCCCUUACCCCAGCCAGCUGCUGAGAAGAAUUCGUACCUCUACUCCACAGAGAUCACACUGUGGACAGUGGUGGCUGCCAUUCAGGCCUUGGAGAAGAAGGUGGAUUCCUGCCUGGCCCGCUUGCUGACUCUGGAGGGGCGCACGGGGACAGCCGAGAAGAAGCUGGCUGACUGUGAGAAGACAGCCAUGGAGUUCGGGAACCAGCUGGAGGGCAAGUGGGCCGUGCUGGGGACCCUGCUGCAGGAGUACGGGCUGCUGCAGAGGCGGCUGGAGAACGUGGAGAACCUGCUGCGCAACAGGAACUUCUGGAUUCUGCGGCUGCCCCCGGGCAGCAAGGGGGAGGCCCCCAAGGUGCCCGUGACCUUUGAUGAUGUGGCCGUGUAUUUCUCCGAGCAGGAGUGGGGCAAGCUGGAGGACUGGCAGAAGGAGCUCUACAAGCAUGUGAUGAGGGGCAACUACGAGACGCUGGUCUCCCUGGAUUAUGCCAUCUCCAAACCGGACAUCCUCACCCAGAUAGAGAGGGGAGAGGAGCCUUGUCCUGACCAGUGGAGCCAGAAGAAGGGGAGUGAAGUAGAGGUGGCACAUUCAAGGAUGUUGGGCACUGGCCUCCCUCCAUAUCCAGAGUACCUCACCAGCCCACUUAGCCCUGCCCAGGAGGAGCUGAAAGAAGGGCAGACCCCCAAGCAGCAGCGGGACUCUGAGGCGAGAGCGGCCCCAGCCGGGCUGGGAGCAGGUGGUGGUAUGGCCAUCAAGACAGAGGCACAGUCCGAAGACGAGAUGACACCUGAGCGGCUCUUUCUGGGGGUAUCGCCGAGCCAGACCAAGUGCAGAACCCCCCGAGGGCCCAGGAACAGGCGUGAGGGCCCCAGCCGUCAUCAGGCCCUUGGCGUGUCCACGCGGGCGGGUGAGCCACGGCCACCGGGGCCCUGCGGGGAGACGUCCCGAAUCCUCCCCCGCCGGCGGGAGCGGGCGUUCCCCUGCCCCGACUGUGGGCAGAGCUUCCGCCUGAAGAUCAACCUGACAAUUCAUCAGCGGACCCACGUGGAGGAGGGGCGGCGGGAGGCCCCAGGCCACUUGCUCACCGGCUGCAGGGAAAGCCAGGACACGCUGGAGCCGGGGGAGGUGGUGGUGCCCGGCCCUGUCAUUCGCUGGCUCCCAGAGGACCCUAAGGACUGCCGCUCGGUGGCUGGGGGCCACACAUUGGCGGUGCGGCGGCCUGUGGCCAGCAAGAUGUACCACUGCAGUGAGUGCCUGCGCUUCUUCCAGCAGCGCAAGAGCCUGCUGCUGCACCAGCGCCUGCACACCGGCAGCGGCCAGGGCUGGCCUGCCUGCCCCUACUGCGGCAAGACCUUCCGCCGGCCCUCGGACCUCUUCCGCCACCAGCGUAUCCACACUGGCGAGCGGCCCUACCAGUGCCCCCAGUGUGGCCGGACCUUCAACCGGAACCACCACCUGGCUGUGCACAUGCAGACCCAUGCCCGAGGCCAGGCGCGCCCACACUUGCCCACCGUGCCCAGGCCUAGCCGCACAGAGGAGGGCUGACCAGGCAGAAGCCCACAGGGGACCCCUGGCAGGGCCUGCCCGCUGUGCCUGACGCAGGUUCCUCCUUGUCCUGGGAUGGUUUGGAGAGAGGUUUGUUGUUUUUACCCAUUCAAAUGGGAAGCAGCCACCCUUUCGGUGACAGUGUGUGUGACCAGGUGCCUUGUUUCCUCUUUCGUGUUUACACUCUUUGCUGCCUUUUCUGCAUUCCUGACUUGUAAAAGAUUCCUUAAGGCUUAAGGGAUGCCUUAUUUUUGAUGGGGCCUCUGGUAGGUACCACAGUCAAGAGGACCAGAGAUCAUGGCCCUUCCAAUAUGAGGGUGAUAGAGACAUCGGGGACCAGGGAUUUUUGUUUUGUGCAGAGAUCCCUUGCCUGCUGUCACCAUGAGAAACAGUGGAGGGGAUGGAUGGCCUGAAGAAAGGAAAUUCUUCUACUUUGCUACUUUGAAACACACAGACUUUCAAGUGCUUUUGUAAAUGUGUUUAGUUGCUAAUGGAACUUUGCCUUUUGUGAAGUUGGCAGGGCUGGAAGAGGAGCUGCUUCCACCAGCCUGUGGUUCUAUUUUUUUUUUCUGAAAUGGAGUUCCCCUUUUGUUGCCCAGGCUGGAGUGCAAUGGUGCAAUCU